UUGGAAGAAGAAUGAAGAGGACGAAGAUCUGCGAUCUUCCACCAAAAUUGGUAGGGGAGAAGAUAUUAACGAGGGUUCCGAUAACAUCUCUGCGAGCUGUGAGAUCCACUUGCAAAUUGUGGAACGCUUUAUCCAAAGAUUGGGUUUUGGGUAAAGCGUCAGCGCCAAGGCAGCAGUUUUUGGGGUUUAUGACGAUGGAUUCCAAAGUUUGAUCAAUUAGAUUCCAUAGUAGAAAGAAAGAAGAAGAAGAAGAAGACUACUUGGUUAUAGAGCAGGUAGAUUUGCUUAAUCAAGUCAAGAUAUCUAUUGUGCAUCACUGCGACGGCUUACUGUUGUGCGUCGCUGAGGACAAGUCGAGGCUGGUGGUUUGGAACCCUUAUUUGGGACAAACAAGGUGGAUCAGACCCAGCAACAAUUUCCACUGCCAAGACAGGUAUGCUUUCGGAUACGACAUGAACCGCAACCACAAAAUCGUGAGGUUUCAGGAAUAUUAUGCCCAUCCAGAAAAAGUUUCCAGGUACGAAAUCUACCAGUUGAGCUCUAAUUCAUGGAAGGAUCUCAAGGUCCCUCCCGAUGCUUUGAUAGAGUCUAAUUAUAGCGCGUCUGUGAAGGGAAAUGCCUACUUUUUUGCUCAAGAAGAUGAUCAGACAUCUGCUGAAGAGAUAUUUGAUCUUGAAGAUUUCUUACUCUGUUUUGAUUUCACAACAGAGACAUUUGGUCCUCGUCUGCCUCUUCCGUUUCACUCUACUCUCCACGCGCCUGUGACUUUCUCUAGUGUUAGAGACGAGCAGCUCGUGGUGCUAUAUCAUAAUGAGGGUGUUCAUGAUGAUUGGGUUAGCACAGUUGAGUUUUGGGUCACUACUAAGAUCGAGCCCAACUCUGUGUCCUGGAGCAAGUUUUUGAUAGUGAACAUGAGACCAGUCUCUCUCGCUGGUGAACGGUUUGACAAUACUAAUAUGGGCGGGACCUUCUUCAUUGACGAGGAACAGAAAAUCGCGGUGGUGUUCGACAUAGACGGAUACCUAGCCCCCAUUCCCCCCCUUACCGAGAAAGUUCGUUACCACACAGCUUUUAUAAGUGGAGAAGACGGAUACUUCAAACCUCUGACUCUUGGAGUCGCUCCCAAUCUCGGGGAACCUUGUCUCAUAUCCGGGCGUAGUUAUGUGCCCAGUAUAUACCGUCCCCCGGUUGUGUGCUCUUCUUCUUACCUUCCGAGUUUGGUCCAACUCAACCAACCCCGCAAAAGGAAACAAAGACAUGUUUAGUUGUUGUUUCUUUUCAUGUCUCAAGACUGCUAGUUAUCACAUCACUUCUCUGUUUCGUUUCUAUUUUAUC